GUUUUGUACCAAUGCUAUUCCUGUGUCAAUAGAUCCCCUUUAUUGUUUAAUAAUCAGUAACACUUGCUUCAUUUAGUCUCCAUAGAGAUGGAUUGGCACAAUGGCUAUCACUUUAUUUUCUGACUUUUUCUUUAUGGGGGGAUAUUUCAGGGGAACCCCAGCUGCCACACCAUAGAAUAGAAAACCCCAAACAAUCCCAUAAUUCAUGUCUCAGUAUGGAGAACUACAUAGACAACAUCUUAGAAAUAGGUGACUAGGAAUAUAAAUAAGACAAAAAAGAUCCCACAUUUUCCCAGGUACCCAUCUUUUAGCUCAUAGCAUCUGCUAAAAAGCUUCCAGUCUUCCACAACCAACACACCAUCAUGGGGGAUCUGGGCAAUAGCACAGUAGACUUCCACCCUAAAAAGCCAGGGAUGGACAAAGGAGGUCAUGAGGGAGAUUUCGGGGUGACAGUAGAGGAGCUGUGCUCACUGAUGGAGCUCAGGGGACCCGAGGCCCUGCAGAAGAUCCAGGAGAACUACACAGACACAGAAACCCUCUGUCACAGACUCAAGACUUCACCUGCAGAUGGAUUAUCGGACAAUCCUGCGGACCUGGAGAAACGUCGGCAAGUGUUUGGAAUGAACUUCAUCCCUCCUAAAAAGCCCAAGACCUUCCUUCAGCUCGUGUGGGAGGCUCUACAGGAUGUUACCCUUAUAAUCCUGGAAAUAGCGGCCAUUAUUUCCCUCGGACUGUCCUUUUACCAGCCGCCAGGAGGGGACAGUGAAGCGUGUGGUAAUGUGAGUGCAGGUGCGGAGGACGAGGGAGAGGCGGAGGCGGGCUGGAUCGAGGGUGCAGCUAUCCUGCUCUCGGUGCUCUGCGUGGUGCUGGUGACCGCGUUUAAUGACUGGAGCAAAGAAAAGCAGUUCCGUGGCCUGCAGAGCCGUAUUGAACAGGAGCAGCGCUUCGCUGUGGUGCGGAACGGCACGGUCAUUCAAAUCCCCGUGGCUGAGAUGGUGGUGGGGGAUAUUGCCCAGGUCAAAUAUGGCGACCUCCUGCCUGCGGAUGGUGUUCUUAUCCAAGGGAACGACCUCAAGAUCGAUGAGAGCUCCCUCACUGGAGAGUCUGAUCACGUACACAAAUCCAUUGCCAAGGAUCCCAUGCUGCUGUCAGGCACUCAUGUAAUGGAGGGCUCGGGGAAAAUGCUGGUGACCGCUGUUGGUGUCAACUCUCAAACGGGAAUCAUCUUCACCCUCCUGGGGGCCGGAGAAGUGGAGGAAGAGAAGAAAGACUGCAAGAAAGAGGCCAAUAGUAAUUCAUCCACGCAGUUCCCCAGUGUUGAAGCCAAAGACCACAACAUCAUAAAUGGGAAACAAGACGGGACCCUGGAGAACAAUCAAAAUAAAGCUAAGAAACAGGAUGAGGCUGUUGCCAUGGAGAUGCAGCCUUUGAAGAGUGCAGAAGGUGGGGAAGUGGAGGAGAAAGAGAAGAAAAAAUCCAGUGUGGCCAAGAAGGAGAAAUCAGUUCUUCAGGGCAAACUCACCAAGCUCGCAGUGCAAAUCGGGAAAGCAGGUCUGGUGAUGUCCGCCAUCACUGUGAUUAUCCUGAUGCUGUACUUCGUGAUCGAAACGUUCGUCGUUCAGGGGGUGGUCUGGCUGACAGAAUGCACGCCUAUUUAUGUGCAGUACUUUGUCAAAUUCUUCAUCAUCGGAGUUACAGUUCUGGUGGUGGCUGUGCCAGAGGGUUUGCCACUGGCUGUGACCAUAUCAUUGGCCUACUCCGUAAAGAAAAUGAUGAAGGACAAUAACCUGGUGCGUCAUUUGGAUGCAUGUGAGACUAUGGGCAAUGCCACGGCAAUUUGCUCAGAUAAAACAGGGACCCUCACCACUAACCGGAUGACAGUUGUACAGAUUUAUAUAGGGGACCAGCUCUUCCGCAACAUCCCAAGACCUGACCAGAUUAACCCAAAGACACUGGAGCUCAUCACCAGUGCUAUUGCCGUGAACUGCGCCUACACCUCCAAAAUAAUAGCUGCAGAUAAGGAAGGUGGGCUGCCCAAACAAGUGGGUAAUAAGACAGAAUGUGCUCUGCUGGGACUCGUGCUUGACCUGAAGCAAGAAUACCAAGCUGUGAGGGAGCAGAUCCCGGAAGAGAAGCUCUAUAAAGUCUACACCUUUAAUUCUGUCAGAAAAUCCAUGAGCACUGUCAUUCAAAUGCCUGAUGGAAGCUUCCGCUUAUACAGCAAAGGAGCCUCUGAGAUCCUGCUCAAAAAGUGCUCGUUCGUCUUGGGCCGUGAUGGCGAGGCUCGUGCUUUUAGGCCACGGGACAAAGAUGAAAUGGUGAAGAAGGUGAUUGAACCAAUGGCAUGUGAAGGCCUUCGUACGAUUUGCAUUGCUUACCGAGAGUUCCCAGCUGACCCCAUGCCAGACUGGGACAAUGAGACAGACAUUGUCUCCAACCUUAUCUGCAUCACAGUGGUUGGCAUUGAAGACCCUGUUCGAGCUGAGGUCCCAGAAGCCAUCAGGAAGUGCCAACGAGCAGGCAUCACUGUGCGUAUGGUGACGGGUGACAACAUCAACACUGCACGUGCCAUUGCUGCCAAAUGUGGCAUCAUCCAUCCUGGCGACGACUUCCUGUGUAUGGAAGGGAAGGACUUCAACAGGCGAAUCAGAAAUGAGAAAGGAGAGAUUGAGCAAGAGCGCAUUGACAAAAUUUGGCCCAAGCUCAGAGUUCUUGCUCGUUCCUCCCCUACAGACAAACACACACUUGUCAAAGGUAUCAUAGACAGCACCAUUGUAGAACAAAGGCAGGUGGUUGCAGUCACUGGUGACGGCACAAACGAUGGGCCUGCUCUUAAGAAAGCUGAUGUGGGGUUUGCAAUGGGUAUUGCUGGUACAGAUGUGGCCAAGGAGGCCUCUGACAUCAUCCUGACGGAUGAUAACUUCUCUAGCAUAGUAAAGGCUGUGAUGUGGGGACGGAAUGUGUAUGACAGCAUCUCCAAAUUCUUACAGUUUCAGCUCACAGUGAAUGUGGUGGCUGUCAUAGUAGCCUUCACUGGUGCCUGCAUCACGCAGGAUUCUCCCCUUAAGGCUGUGCAGAUGCUGUGGGUCAAUCUGAUCAUGGACACAUUUGCUUCUCUGGCUCUUGCCACAGAGCCACCCACCGAAGCGUUGCUCCUGAGGAAGCCCUACGGCCGAAACAACCCCCUCAUAUCCAGAACCAUGAUGAAGAACAUCCUUGGCCAUGCAGUUUUCCAGCUCAUCAUCAUCUUCACCCUGCUCUUUGUAGGUGAGAAGAUCUUUGACAUAGACAGUGGACGUAAUGCUCCACUUCACUCUCCUCCCUCCGAGCAUUACACCAUCAUCUUUAACACCUUUGUCCUCAUGCAACUCUUCAAUGAGAUCAAUGCCCGUAAGAUCCACGGAGAGAGGAACGUGUUUGAUGGAAUCUUUUCAAACCCCAUCUUCUGUUCAAUUGUGCUGGGGACCUUCGCAAUACAGAUUGUGAUUGUGCAGUUUGGUGGGAAACCUUUCAGCUGUUCCCCCUUAAAUGUGGAGCAGUGGCUUUGGUGCCUGUUUGUGGGAAUGGGAGAGCUGGUCUGGGGACAGGUGAUCGCAUCAGUGCCAAAUCAUCAGCUGAAGUUUCUGAAAGAAGCGGGCCAUGGGUCGGCUCCAGACAUGAUCAUGGAUGAGGAUCUAGCUGAGGAUGAGGAGGAGAUUGACCAUGCCGAGCGAGAGCUGAGACGAGGACAGAUCCUGUGGUUCAGAGGACUCAACCGAAUUCAGACUCAGAUGGAGGUAGUGAGUACCUUCAAGAGAAGUGGUUCGUUUCAGGGUGCAGCGAGACGCCGCUCUUCAGUGCUCAGCCAGCUCCAUGACGUAACCAAUAAUUCUACUCCCUCUCACGUAGUUCUCUCCACUGCCAAUGCAACUGGUGCCCCCGGGAGUUUCGUGUUAUAACCUGCCACAUCUAAUGAAAAUGUCCUGCUGAUUGUUGCUGCUUGAGUUUCUACACAUAAGAAAAGCUUUCUUACUAUCUGCUGCUAUGAUUUAUUGUCACUAAACUGCUGUAGUUGUGGACAGCCUUCUUGAAAGCCAUUCUUACAAACAGUGAUUUGUUUAUGAGGGUUUUUAAUGCACCAAAUAUAACAUCAACAUUGCCCUCCAGGUACCAGAAGUGAUCUUUUCCGUGGUCUAAAGAAAACAGCUGCGUCUUAGCAUUUCCAAAUCCCUUCAAAGAGACCACCGAGCAUUAGCCCAGCUGGAAUGCCCCCCAGUAUCAUUAUCACUUCCCCUGCAAUGUUAAUCUUCAGUUCCUUUUAUUUAUGAACCUUUAAAAAUGAAAUCUGUUUUGUCCACCAUUUUUCAACAUAGGUUUUUAGUGUCUUAUCCUGUCCUGUCCUGUCAGUCUUGUCCGGUGUAGUGUUUUUAUUUUUUGUCUUUGUUCUUGUUUCAUCGUCUUUAGCAUUUUGUGCUGUUAUCUUAGAUAAAUAUAACAGAGAAAGAAAAGUUCCAGCAAAAUCAUAUUAUAGUUUAUCGCAAAAUAAUGUAGAUAUGCCUUGGUGAUGCUUCACAAGAGGGCUGCUUCUCAAAAGCUUUUGUUGGGCCAUCACACCACAACAAAAGAACAUGAUUUGUGCUGUAGGUUUAGACCUCCAUCCUUCACCUCCCUUCUCUUGCCGUCUGUCAUGAGGAGUUCUGAUGUGAUGUGUUUGGAGCUAUUCAAACACAAUCCCUUUUCUGUUUUUCCAUCCAGUGCCUGAAUUACAAAAGACUAGCCGAUUUCUCACAAUAUAUUUUCCCCUCUUUGAUAUCAUGACCAUUACAAAUUCUGGGCCUUAUACUCGAAAGUUUACAAUGCCAGUGCUACGUAGCAAAGAAUACAGCUUUAAAUGAAAAAGCAGGAAGCUCAAAACGAAUGGCUCUUUGGAAAAACAAAUCCGCAGAAGCGCUGUUGUGUCCAUGUUUUGAAGUCCCCUCCCUCUGUCAGUCACAUUGCUUUGUGGUCAUUCCCGAACGUGGUUCGGCUAUGCAUGUAGAAUGCAGAGAGCGGGAAAAAUAAACUUGCGUCUGAUGAAUGUGACGGUCCGACAUGCAUGGUUACACACACGAACGAUUUUCCACCACGGCUGCUGUAUAAUCACACAUGACGAGAACAAGGAUGUCAGAAAAAGGAACAUGGACCAUUUUGAUCAAUGUUUUUACGGAUAUUUUUUUUCUAUUGAAUGUGUACUUGCAUGCUAUGCAUGAACGGGAAGAGGAAUCUUGAAUUAUUGUGCAUGGUUGCAUGGGAGACGAGUCCCAUUUAAUGUGUUCAUACUUUUGAGGGCAUAGAGAGUUUGGUUUUUCUUUCCACAAAAAACAAGGCAAUCAAGAUUUUUUAAAUGUCCUCGUAUUAGAAUGAGCUAAUAUAAUCAAAGAUACUUUGCUUUGUUUCUUUUUUUUCAUUGAUUUAUUGAAAGUGGAUUUUCAAAAGGCUUACAAAUAUACCCUAUAAAUGUAACAAAUAGAAAUCUGAUGAUGUCAGAACAAUAAAUAAAGCUUACAGUAA